GAAAAUGCGGAAGUAAAAGCCAUAGUUACGUUUCAACUCUCUUUGACGAAGGCAUACUGGCUGAAUUUCAAACUCGCAGUCAACUAAAACAUGUCUAAACUACAGUCGUUUAGUGUGUUUUUAGAUGAUCGUUUAUCGGCGGCCGCUCUUGAGAUUUUCGGGGCAGUUGAGAAAACCGUAGUGGAGUACAAGGAAGAGAAUGAUCGUUUAAGAAGAAUUCUGCUGAUCACGCCGGAGAUAAAACUAUGUAUAGACUCCUUGCAGCCCUCUCUCACCAUCUCUGAAGAGGCGAUUUCCCCUGAGCAGCAGCACUGUGAUCAGGAGUGGAGCCCCAGUCUGGGGCAGGAGGACCCAGAGCCCACACAGAUUAAAGAGGAGCUCAGGACCAGUCAGGAGGAAGAGCAGCUUCGGCUCUAUGAUACCAACGACUCCAUAUUCACGCCUUCCUGUGUGAAAAGUGAAUGUGAUCAGGAGGACCCAUAUCAAGAAGCCAUACUAGCUGAAUACCCAACACUUAGUAUACUGAAAAUGUCUAAACUAAAGUUAUUUAGUGUGUUUUUAAAUGAGCGUUUAACGGCGUCUGCUGCUGUGGAGAUUUUUGGCGCAGUUGAGAAAACGGUAGCUGAGUACCAGGAGGAGAAUGAUAGCCUACGGAGGCUGCUGCGGCUCACCCCAGAGAUAAAAUUAUGUAGAAUAGACUCCCUCCAGUCCUCUCUUGCUGUCUCCGAAGAGGAGAUUCCCUCUGAGCAGCAGCACUGUAAGCAGGAGUGGAGCCUCUGUCUGGGGCAGGAAGAACCAGAGCCCACACAGAUUAAAGAGGAACAGGAGGAACUCAGGACCAGUCAAGAGGAAGAGCAGCUUCAAUGGCUCUUUGAUGCCGAAGACUCCAUAUUCACUCCUCCCUGUGUGAAAAGUGAAUGUGAUCAGGAGGACCCACAUUGGUUCUUGACUCCUCCCCAAACCCAGACUGUGGAGAAAAGAGAGAGUGACUCUAAACCAGUGAAUCUCAGACCUUUUGGCACUGUGACUUACCUAAAGGGUCUAGACACUUCCUGUGACACUCCAGAUAAUCAAAACAAUGCCUCCAGCCACAACUCCGCCAUCAGCAGCGACCGAGUCGGACUGAACAGCAGCCCACUAUUGGUUCCCAGCUCACCAUUGAAUCCAAACCCAUCAGUGGGGGAACACUGUUUGAAGCUCAGCACCACGUCUAGAAAAAUUCACUGCUGCCGUGACUGUGGUGAAGCGUUUGCUCUGAAAGCUGACCUGCAGAGGCAUGUGACUCUAGCCAAGAAAAGACUCAGUGAAUGCCACUUCUGUAAUAAAUGUUAUAACUCCAUCUGUAAACUGAAGGCCCAUGUCAGACUCUGUCACGGUGGGAAAACCUGCACCUGUCCUGUUUGUGGCAAGACCUUCAAAUACAAAAAAGAUCUGUCCAGGCACAUGAGGAUUCACACAGGAGAGAAAUCAUUCCACUGUGGUGACUGUGGGAAAAGCUUCAGUCAGAAGGGAGACCUAAAUAAGCAUAUACGGACUCACACAGGAGAGAAACCAUUUAGCUGUCGUGACUGUGGGAAAAGCUUCAGUCUCAAGGAGAACCUAACCAAGCAUACACUGACUCACACAGGAGAGAAAUAUUUUAGCUGUGGUGACUGUGGGAAAAGCUUCAGUCAGAAGGGGGACCUAAGUAGGCACACACUGACUCACACAGAAGAGAAGCCAUUCAUCUGUGGUGACUGUGGGAAAAGCUUCCGUCGUAAGGAUAACCUAACAGAUCAUGUUCGGAGUCACACAGGAGAGAAACCAUUUAGCUGUGUUGACUGUGGGAAAAGCUUCAGUGCCAAGGGGAACCUAAACGUUCAUAAAUUGACUCAUACAGGAGAGAAACAACAUGGCUGCUCAGUCUGUGGUAAAAGAUUCACUAAGAAGGCUUCUCUGCUGACACAUGUGAAAAACAUCCACAAAGCAAGAAGACAAGACAAAAAAUGAACGAAGAAAGAAAAUGAGGACAUAGACACCGAGAGUAGAUUUGUACAAUAAAUGCAUUAUGUGGGUGGAAUACUGUAUCAAUACAGAAUAAAACAAUAAAAGUCCUGUGAUUGUAGUGACUGCCCAUUACUGCUUAUCAAUUAUCAACCAUUUAUAGACAUUACAUAUUUGUUUUUCAUAAAUGAAUUGCAAGAAGCGGACAGUAAAUCUUUAUAUACACACACCUCACCAAAUGCAUUACCAUGUAUUACAGUGAUGUCAAUCAUUAGUUUACUUGUCUUAUCUUUUGUGUUGUCCUGUCAAGCCAUUGGGGCAAGAUAAAGUUGUCAACUGGCCAGUGUAACUUGAUUGGCGGCUAUGGGUGCAUACUCUUGCCUAUGAUUAGCCAACUUUAUGGAGGAGUUGUCAGAUUAUGCGUCUGUCUGUCGGGCAGUGAUGAAGUCAAUGUCCUAUUAAUUUGAUGUUGAAGUAUUCUUUAAAU